GGGCAUCUCUUGCUGGAGCUUCCUGCUAACCUGCAUCCUUCCCAAGGUAAGCAGCUUUUUCUCUUCAUUUUUACAUCUGUGGUUGCUUUAUUUAGGCUUAUGGUCAUUUGCUGCAGCUGGAGACUGUGCCUCCUGCUAUUAUCAUAGGGCUUUCCAUCCCAUUAUAGCACUACAGCGUGUGUGUGCCAGCACAGGCUGCAGCCCAGUAGACCAGCAUUGCUGUGCUCUGCUCCCAGCAGCGCCGAGCGCUCAGGCCGUGCUCUGAGGUUCCUUCACCGCUUAGAAACAGCAACAGCAGUAGUCUGGGGUAUAUACAUACAUAUGUAUAGCAAUGCUGCUAUCUGCUGGCUGUGCUCUGCUAGAGCAGUGGUGCUGGCAGCCCGGGUCACUGCGAGCGCUGCUGCCCGUCAGCUCCAGCGUCUUGCAUAAGGCAGACCGCAUCCCUGCGGUGUUUAUUUUUAGCUUGUGUAUUUUUCUAUUCCUGUCGAUUAAAUAAUGCAUUACUUACCCCGAGAUCCUCAUUUGUUAUUUCUGCUUCUUUUAGCUGUGAUUUUUUUUCUUCUUUUCUUAAUCUUCAUGUUUGCAUCUUCCUCUCCUUAUCUACUGCCUGCCCCAGAGGCUCUCUGCUGCUUUGGCAACGUGCUAACGUGUUUGGGAACGAUAAGACAUCUAAUUAAUAGUUUAAUUAGCAGUACAAGGUCCUAAUAGCUUAUUAAAGGAAAAUCAUUCAGAAAAUUCUUUUCCUUUUCUCACGUUGGUUCCGUACCAUUUAUGAGCACACGGAUAAAAUGGCUUUGAAUGGUGCUUGGAAUGCAGCAGGGGAAGUGGAUGCGUGAUUUCAUGGGGGAUUUUACACCACUAAUACCAUUAUUUUCUUUCUUGUUUAAAAACAAUUUAACAGCUUAGCAGAACUGUAAGGGAACAGCAGUGCUGUGGCGUGGCCGGUGGUCCUGGAGGGGGAGUGAUGCACCACUGCCCUCCUCGCUGCACAUAAACACGUCGUGGCUUUAUCAGCAUGGGUUUGUUGGGUGGGAGCUUUGGCUGACCCCGUCCAUGCAGCACUCGGAGCCCCCCCAGCCCCUCUCCCUGUCCCUCCCAGCCCGCAGGAGCUGCGCAGUCGCUCCGCUGGGAUUCCGGAGGCUGCGGUGUUUUUCCUCUGACCCAUACAAAGAUUUCUUUCUAAAUUUAUCUCGGCGCUCAUCGGCAGUCCCACUUAGCAGCAGAUUACGAGGCCGGGCCAAUUCAAAUGAGGGCAGGGGAGCCUGGAACGUGGCGUGGCCCUGACACAGGGCAGGAUGGCAGCGGGCAGGGCUGGGCUCAGCGCUGCACACCCGCGCUGUGGCUGCACCCGGGGGCUCAGCUCUCCACUCCUGGCUGCCUCCAUCCCACAGGGAAUUUUCUGCAUGCUGCUCCUCCUGCGUGGAUUGCAGCGCAAAGCAGGCUGCAGCUGGGUGUGCUGCAUGGGAGUGUGUUGUAUCCCAAGCAGCCAAGCUUCGCUCCGUCCCCCCCUCCUCCCCCCCGUGUCUCAGCUGCACGUGGCAGCACUGCACCUCUGCCCACCUCGGCUGCAGUCCGUGGCGCUGCUCUGUGCGUAGCCCACCACGCUGAGGCUGCAGGGGAUGCAGAAUGGAUUAAACCAUCCCAGCACAAUGCAUGGGUGCUGCUAACGCCGUCUGCACUCUUUGCAUUCAGCAAUGCAGCCCUGCACAGGGAGAACGUUCCGUGUCUGGAAUCAGGGAGGGAAAUUAUGCAGUUACGAGGAUGGCAUAAUUGAGAGAAUGCUUUGCUGGCGCAAUUUUCUUAUGCGCUGUCAGCAAAUCACUUAAUCUGUGCUGUGCCAAGUUUCCCAUCCAUUAAAUGGGGAAUGAUUACCCCUCUGCUUCCUUAGGGGGAGCGGGAGCAGCAGCACCGAUGGCUCCGGGCACAGGACGGUGCUACGGCGACACGAAGAGCUGCAGAGCUGCAAAGAGCACCGACCUUCGGAACCGGAGCCCUCCUCCUCAUCUCCCGAUGCUUUUCUUCGGUUUUGGUUUGUUUUUAUCAUUGCAGAAGAUCCUCAGAUAGGUUCAUCUCUUCCGUUCGGGAUUUAAAACGAUCUCCCGGGUCCGGACGCCGCACGUCCUGCGAGGAAGGAGAGGAAAAGGCAGCGCGGGACGCACCGAUGGAUCCGGAGCUCUUCCUUCGCCCGUCCGCCGCCCCCUCCCGGACCCCCCCGUGGGCUGUGGGGGGGGCACGGCCUCCCGGGACGUGUAGGCAGAGCGGGGUGACCUUGUGGCGCGGCGGGGGGGGGCAGCGGCCGCCUCUUCCUCCGCUCGGGAGCGUCCGGGGGGGGGACGCGCCGGGAGCCGCGGGGACAGAGCGGAGAGGGGCCGGGAUGGGAGCGUCCCCCGUGCACCACCCCGCCCCAUAACCACCCCUUUCCCUGGGCCAUGGUGCAGGUGGGGGCACGGACAGAGCCUGGCCGGGCUGCUGCAGCUGCCGGAGGCACCUGGGGGUGGGAAAUAAGAGAUAAUACUUACUAGUAUUCGUGGUGGUGGUAUUAUUAUUAUUAUUAUUAUUAUGGAAGUAGUGAUCUGUGGGGGGACAUCUUCCCGAAGGGAACAUAAUGAUAAUGGAGCAUAACAAUAACAAAUGGGACAUAAUAAUAAUUUAAUAAGUAUUAAAAUAUUAUUAAAAUGCAUUAUUAUUAUUAUUGUUAUUAUCACUACUUCCUCGUGGGUAAGUGGGACUGCUGCCCCAUGGAAUGUAUCACACAAGCUGCCCAGAUGGGAAGCAGUUCCUUUACAGCUUCGUGUUUGCUCAGCCCUCCUUCCCAAGGACAGUUGCUCCAUAAAGCCUUACAACUCCCGUGCCCUGCAUUGCUGUGUUCUUUAUUGUUUUCCUCGCUCUCAGAUCAUCUGAUGCCGUUUCUGUUUGUAGAGCCUUUUAAUAGCGAGGUGGCGGAGACAAAUCUGACUCGGUAAACUUGCCUUCCCCCUUAGGGCAGCCGUAGCCCAGAGAAACAGAGGAGAGCUGCAGCUCAGCCUCGGAGCAGCGCUGUUUACAAUCCAUCAUUGUUAGUUAAUUGCUGUUUGGUUAAAUAUUUACUUUGGAUUAAGUUCUUUUGUGCUCUUUUCUUACAAAAUAAUAAGUAGGGGUGUAUCUGCGGGCCUUUCUAGAUGGCUUUUUCAAGAUAACUGAGCAGCAGAGAAACUUCAUGAAGUUAUUCUCUAUGUUUUGUGCAUGCGUUUGCCUUGUGUUGCUGUGCUAUCACCUGCGAUGAGCCAAACCGAAGCAGGGGAGCAGGCAGGAAUGGGCCGGACAUCCCCCUACACCAACUUCCAAGGCACAUCCCGAAGGGUUGCACUGCUUUAUGGGGUGACUGCAGACUUCGUGUCAGGGCAGCCGAACCCUACGAGCAUCCUCCUGGCUGCAGCUCUGCUCCCCACCUGCUCUGAGCCCCCUGGGGAGCAGCUGUUGGCUCCACGAGAGCCUUUUUUGGUGCAAUGCUGUGAACUCCCGUGUUCUGCAGCAGUGACCCAACUGUUAUAUAAACAAGGGUUUAAUUUUGGAACUUUAAUAUUUAAGAGGCUUAACUUUCCUUUUGCUCAGGCUUGUUUUUACGCACUGCCCCUUUGCAAAAUGCUUCUUACCUACGUUAUGGCUUGCUACCUUAUCCUGUGGCUGCGUUCAUGGUCCAUCUGAGCAAGGGUUUUACUCGGGGUAACUCCCUGCCUUAGCAUUGCUCUGCCAGGAUGGGGCAGGGUUUGCAACACUGCAUUGGCCAGGCUGCCCCUCUGGGUUCUCAGCCCAACUGCUCCCUCUGAAAAUCAGCAGAGAAGUAACCCAAAGGGAGUGCUGCUGUGGAGCAGCAAAGGCUGAUGUGCAGUUAUAUUGCCUGCACAAACUGGGACCCUUUGGAGGAUAACACAGGGCUCCAUCCCCCACUGGGAUCUCUACUCAAAGUAACUUGCAUAACUUGUGCUCCAGCCUUGCUCCUUGUUGGUACAGCGCUGAUCCUCUGCCUUCAGCAGGUAGGUGGUUCGUCUUCGGCUUCUUUCUGUGGUCAGCAAUCAUCCCACAUGUAUCCAGUUUAGUGAUGGUGAUGCAGAAAUUCCCCCCAGUGGGACAGAAGCACUGUCCAUCGCUUGCUGUCAAAGACAAAGACUGUUCCCCAGCUGCUGUCCUGCCAACAACUCUCCAGCACUCACUGCUCUGUUCUGGCACCAGCCAAGAAGCUGGAGGAUCAGGAAACAAAUUAGGAGUGCUUUGAAGGAAAGGCUUACCAUGACAAUGGGAAAUCAGGUGUUUUCACAUGCUGUUAGGAGGGAGUAGGUCUUCCUCAAACUCAUGUGCUCCUGGUAAUGUGACUUUUGUCUCUUUGUUUGCAGCAGCAUGUUGGUUUUAGUGGCCCUCCAGUCAUGGAAUCACCCAAUGCCCAGUGCUGAACUCAUUGAUGUGCUCAUCCCAAGCAGCUCCCCUCAAACAGCCCCAUGUUUCCCACCUUGUGGUCUCUGUGAAAUGCACUUACAGGAGGAAGCUUCCACUCUUUGUUCUGGAGGAAUUGCAUUAGUAUUCUGGAAAAAGAAUAUCUGCUUUAAUGCAACAGAAUUCUUGCUUUUUCUAUUACAGUUGUAUACUUUCUUACGUGGAUCCCCUUGGAGCGAUGGCCUUUCCACAGCAUACUGCAAAUAAAGCAAUGAUGGAAGGAAUAAUGUAGACCUUGCACCCUUAAAACAUGCUUAAAAAGGGUAAAACCUGGGGUUGACUGUGGCACAGAGCUCUGUGCUGUGUGGAUCUGGCACCCCGCAGCUCUGCAGUGCCCUGUGACCGCAGCCCGUCACGCUGCCUGCUCAGCACAGUUCGUCACGUAAACAGGGAGAUGCAAAUAAAGAAAUGGGCCUGAUUCCACACCGUGAGCGCUCUGGAGACUUCCAGCAUCCUGACCUAUGGUUCUGUAUGUUUAUGUUGCAGUGCUCCCCUGCGUGCAGGGCUCGGCGCAGGCAGCGGAUCGUCCUCCCGAGGCGGCUGCAGGCUGCAGGCAGCUCCCAUCUUGGACGACCUCAUUUUAACCUCCCUGUUUCGAGGCAGCAGUGGCAUUAUAUAACCCAGAUUUCGGCUGGUCUGCGAGGGAGGCUGCGCAGAAACAGACGUGUGCUCACACGGGUCAGGGCGUAACGGGGCUCCUUCCGCUGGUGCCCUCGCCCACGUCUCACCCAGAGCUGCCAAGGAAAGCUCCCACUCCAGAGCUGCAGCUGUGGAUCUCUGGACUCACAGUGCAGAACACAUUCGUGGCAGCUCUGGGGAGGGCAGUGCUAAGGAUAGAAUGGCUCUCAGCAGCUGAAAGUGAACCCGUGGGAGCCUGGUGCUCCUCUAGGCGGACCUAUGGAGGGAGUCCCUGUGGGACUCAGGGCUCAGCCAUUCCUGGCUCAUGGCUGUGUGCCUCCAAUAGCCUUAUUUUUCACUGUCACAUCCAGUCUGCUUUCCCAAGUCCCCCUGGAGCACCUCCCUCUUUUCACCCAAGGCUUAUUGAUGGUAGGAAUGGGGCACAGCUAGUGCCAGAAGACACUUUUCUGCAGAAGCUCCCAUUUUGCAACUCCUUCACUUCCUUAUGAGAACCAUGGACCUUCUACCUUGCCACAGAUUCACCUGUAGGGGCUGUAGGAAAACAAUCAAAACAGAGCAAGGAGGUUAAUGCAGAUGCUUUAAUGCUGUGACUUACAGACACUGCCCCCCCCACCCGCCCCCUGAGGCAUGCAGAAUUUCCUUGUGUCCUGGCACUGGGAGGCAGAAUUACCAAUGCAUGCUGAUGUCCCAUUCAGCAUUCCUCACCUAAGCACAGUUUUCCUGUGCUUUGCUGGCCUUGGCCACCAGUCCUUCAGAGUUAAUGGCCUGGCACUGGGCACCUGUUGAGUCCUCUGGGCAGUGCUGCUCAUGUGUAGGUAAUUCUCAAUUGCUCAUUUACAUCAGCUCCUCCUUUUCUAUGCAAUUGUCUCAAGAGAUGGAACUUUCUUACUCUUGUACAACAAGAAAUGAGCAUGGAAACCACGUUUAUAUGUUUUCAAAAGAAUAUAGGUGUGGUUUCCAUCCUUCCUGGGAGUCCUGCAGGUGUCCUUUCUCCCUUUGGUGCUGUUUGGCUCCACAGUAAAGUCUUACAAUACCUUUCUUAUGGUUUAGGUUUCAGGAAAUCCAAAGGCUUAUUCCUCUUUUGAGGAAUACCAGUUGUUACUACUGAGUGGAUCCACAGCACUUCCUGAGCAGCAGCAACCAUUAAAUCCCUCCGUUUCAGUGCAGAAAUCCGUGCUGUCCCCUGAGCGCAGCCCCAGCCAUCCCUCAGCUGCAUGAGAAGGGCAAGACAGGCAACUUUUGUUCUGCUGAACACAGUUCCACCACAUGGCAUUGCAUGGAAAAUAUGGGCAACGAGGUUGUUGUGUAAUGUGCUCAGUGGGAGGCUGCUUCCAGGUGUUACUUAAUUCCUUCAGCUAAGUGCUCCAUGGCAAAACCAGAUGAGCCGUACUAGCUGAGAGUUCUCCUGGAGCUGUUGCUGGGGCUGUUUGUGUCCCAUCCACUCUGACACACCUUGCUCUCGUUGCCAAGUAACUAAUCAUACUGCUGAGAGCCAGCAUUGUGCAGGAACUGCACUGGCAUUCGUCCUCUUCCUCUUCCUUCUCCCCACCUCCCACUGCCUGAGCUGGGAUUGCAUUAGGAAUGGCAAAGCCACAGAGACGUCCUCCUGCUCUGUGCAGGCUCAGACGAUGCAGACACAGUGGGUUUGGAGGAGCAGCUGUGACAAAUUGGCCUGGUGUGCACCUCUGCUAGAUAAUUCGGGUUACCAUGGUUACGUGUGGAAAACAGGGCUGCGGGUUAACCUGAGCCAGUGUGGCAUGGAGUGCAGCAUCUCGGGUCAUGGGGUCUUAUCUCAUGGUGAGAGGUCUCAUCCCGCGUCAUACUUGGGUUGGAGGAGGCCACCAUCCACCCCCAAGUGCACAAGUUCAGCCUCCCUGCUCCUCCAGACAUGUUCACGCUCUGAGUCUUAAAAAGGAGCUCUCCAAGUCAGUCCAGAAUUCUACAUUGCGGCUCUCUGCUCAUCACAUGUACUGCAUGGAUCUGCACACAAUGCCCAUGUGUUCAGCACCAAGGUCUGUAAGCCAAGAGCUGGCAUCCACAGUUGCUGGAAAUGCCCAAAAGCCCAUCCCACGGAGCACAGCCGGUCAGUGCCAGAAUCUAUCCUUUUUAUCAGCCAUAUCUUCAGAGAGGAAUGUUUGCUAUUUCUGUUGGAAAACAGCAUGCUCACCUACUCCCCCCGAGUCACUGCUGAAGACCUGCCCAGCCCACGGCCAUCUUCUAGUCCUCAACAGCCUAAGAGAGCUGCAAUGUCUCAGCCUACCAUAUAGGAAAACAACAGGAGCAACACUGAGUCCACAAAUGGCUUUCAGCAAUAUUUCUAUGAACACCAAUAUGAAAAAGUGCUCUGGAGGCAAAUCAGAUGAUUUCAGCUCAAAGACUGCUGCUGUCCCACCUUCCCCAAACGACAGAGCUGACACGAGGCACAGGAUCCACCGGACCAUCCCAAACACAACCAUCUUCAUGACUUGGUGGAAACCUUCCAGUCUGGGAAAAAACCUGUCAAAUGAAGGGGUAAGAGAAGCCUGGAGUGAGUUAAAGUUGAAAGAAAACUCUAAGUUCCUCUGCCAAGCAGUGCUUCUACUGACAGAAGGUUAUGGAAACUCCAUUAAAUCACUUUGGGACUCUGCUAUUUAUCUUUUACAGCAACCUGCUCAGAGAACGCAGCAGUGGAUGGCAGCACAAAGGCCUCAGAAGGAGAGGUUCUGCCAGGCUGUUUUCAGCACAUUACAGUGCACUGAGGCAGUGCUGCCUUCCAAAGAGAGAACUGUACAGAACUGCACGCUCACAGGUAUAAAUGAGGAGGCAGAGGCCUGCUGGAAAUACCACUCUCAGCUUUUUGAUGUGUUAAAUGCCUCCUUUUCCUGGGCUGGCUGUAAGAAGCCCAAAAUGACAAUAAGGGGGAAAAAAAGGAGUGGUUUGGGCAAAUAAAUUGGGUGAAUUCUAUGAAUCCCUUAAUAAUAUGGCUGAUCUUUGGUUUGCUAUUCAAAAUACUCGUUCAAGGAAGCCUUAAAAAUUCAUACCUUUGCUAGAAUAUACCCUUACUGCCUUGUCCUUUGGGCAGGAAUAGCACUAGAUGCUGGAUUGGAGGCUUAAACUCAGAGCUUGGCCACUGCAGAGCUCAUCCUCAGCCAUGCCUUCCCCUUUAAAGGAGUAAAACGAUACAGUUGUUGGUGCACGGGCUGAGAAGGGGCUGGUUGGUGUUGUUUUGUUUUUUUAAAGAAAAAUAGUUGGCAGGAACAUGAGCAAAGCUGAAAGUAUUUUCAUCUGGUUUGUUUUGUAAUGUUUAAUGUUUUGUUUUCUACUUUGCGGAUUAUCCGAAGGAAUCGUUGAAAACAAAUGUCUCCCAUUCUGGAAAGGGAAAUCAAUCUACUGUUGGGUUAAGACGACCAAUGAGAAUUGGUCAAAUAAGGAAACCAAAAACAUAUUGAAAAAUGAAAAUAUCUGUGUUAUCCUUGGAGUAAAACAAUAUAGAAAAGUUCCACUUCUAA